AUGUCGCAAAGGGGACCUGGUCCUCGCCCACCCUCUCGUCUCUCCUCGAGGUCUCCCAUCAGCAGCGAACACGUCGGUUACUCCCAAUUCACUUCGCAGCGGUAUGACCCUGCCGGCGCUUCUCCCGAGUCAUUCGGAGUACACAACAUUCUUAACCCGGCCGAGUCACACCCCAUGGGCCCUGACGGUAGCGGCAGUCCUUCUUCGCGAGCAAGGGAAACCGAAUCUCUCCAUCCGGCAUCUUCGACUCCUUAUGGCAUUCCUCGUCCCUACCUUCACGGUCAUUCUGCUUCGGGAUCUCUGCCCUCGACCCCCAUUGCUGCAGGCGUGACGCCUACAGGCAGACCGCCGAUAUCCGAACGAAGUUCUCCUUCAACCGCAUAUCCUUUCCCCGUCAUGAGCAACCCCAGGAAGAUUCUCAGCCCCAGAGCCCCUCGAGCACUGAGUCUUGGACAAGCCCUUCCCCCUCGAGAUAUGGAUACGCGACAACCUUUGGCUCCCAGCAUGGCUCCUACCAAACGACCUUACGAACCAGAUACUCCCGAUGAGCCUAGACACGCACCUGGUCUUCACCAACCGUCCGGAAUUGCCUCUGGUCCGCAUACUCCCAUGGUAACUCCACCAAGGUCUCUUUCUCAGCCUGUAAAUCGCUCCCUGGAUGCCCCUCACGCACAGCCGCCGACGAUCCCUCCACCGGGAGAACUUCAAAGCAGGCCGCAUGGAUUGCAUACGCCAUCACAGUUCCAGCACGGAAUCACUGGUUUGCCCACUAGCCGACCGUUAUCAAGGAUGGGAGGACCGAGCGAGGGAGCACCCGCGUGGCCGGAGAUACUACGUCGACAGGGCGGGUCGUUUGUCGGAAUGGAAUCUCAACAGGCCUACAUGACUCUCCCAGGCAGCGACACCCCAAUCCCUGUUCAAGUAGACUACUCCCAGGCAUCAAAGAAGGCAGACGAAAAGCGGCAGAGAAACGCAAAGGCAUCCACUCGCCACCGGAGAAAGAAGAAGACACUGCAAGAGGAAAACAUGAAACAGCUACAGGAGCUGAAGGAAGAGCGACAACAGAUGCUACAACAACUAGAAGAACUCGCGGCCCACCGGGAUUUCUAUAGGGACGAUCGCAAUCGGCUCAGAGACAUCGUAGCCCGGACGCCAGCCAUCAGCAACCACGCCGCCGGCCCGCCAAGUCCCGUGUUAUCGAAGAGCAUAAGCUUUUCGGACAGGAGCCCCUUGAUGCAAUCCCACCACAUCCCGACUCCUACUCAAGGAUAUGUUAGCGAGGUUUCAUCGGCGGAGCGGCCCGUACCUGCUCGGCGCACAGACGAUCGUCGGGACUACUCACCUCCGGUGUAUGGUGCUUUGCCCCCAGGUCCGCCGCACGGCCUCCCGCCGAUGCACGGCCAAGCUUAUGGAGUGCCGCCGCCGAGGCCCGGCUCGGCCACUUCGUCCGCAAGUGGAGAGAGAUUACCCCCUCUGCGAGUGAUGGAUGGACCCCCUCCUCCCAUGUCUGGGCUGGGUCCUGGGCAAGCUCACGAGCAGGAUCUCAGGACUGGGCAGUGGAGGGCCGCUCAGCCGUCCCACUACGAGACUGGCUGGGCAACGGCACCACGAAAGCACCAGGAGGGAUCUCACUGGUAG